AUGACCCUACGGUGCAAAGUUUGUCAGAAGAACAACCCGCAGGUUUUGGAAAUAAACAGGAACCUCAAACCGGAGCUUCGUCAGUUAUUCGCACCUCUAGAGGAUUUUUCGACAAUCGUUCGCGAAGUAACUCGUGUUGCUGAUUUUCAAAAUGGCCACAGGAUGAGAGUAAUGAGGCAUCUACAAAGCAAGUUUGAACGACUUGACCAGUGA